AUGGAAAAUGCCCGCGCUUCUGAUCUGGAUUCUGUAUUGCAAAAAGUGGCAGAAGAAGAAAGCACUCUUAGGAGCUUGGUGGAGUCCCUUAAAGUGGAGCUGGAAGCAGUGAAGAAGGAACAUGCUGAACUAAAAGAGAAGGAAGCAGAAACCGAAUCUAUUGCUGGGAGCUUGCAUGUCAAGCUCCAGAAAAGUAAGGGUGAGCUUGAGGCAGCCCUUACUGAAGAAUCUAAAGCCAAAGGUGCUUCUGAUGAGCUGAUCUCUACCCUCCAACAGCUAUCGUCAGAAUCUGAAAAUGCAAGAAAGGAGGCAGAAGAAACGAAGAGCAAUGUUGAAGCGCUAAAGAAAGAAGCCGAAGCCACCCGGACUGCCCUGGAAGGAGCGGAAACGGCACUACAAAUUGCACUGAAAGAGGCAGAAGAAGCAAAGGCAGCAGAGGCAAUGGCCCUUGAUCAGAUUAAGUUAUUGUCUGAAAGAACAAACGCAACUCGUGCUUCAACAUCAGAAUCUGGUGCAAUGAUCACAAUCUCACAGGAGGAAUUUGAGUCUUUUAGCCGGAAAGUUGAGGAAUCUGAUAAAUUGGCUGAAAUGAAAGUAGCAGCUGCAAUGGCUCAGGUGGAAGCAGUAAAGGCUGGUGAGAAUGAAGCACUAAAGAGGUUGGAGGCAGGCCAGAAGGAGAUUGAGGAGAUGAAGGCUGCAACAGAGGUGGCUUUGAAGAGGGCAGAGAUGGCAGAGGCAGCAAAGAGGGCUGUUGAGGGAGGGCUACUGAGGUGGCGUGAAAGGGAGCAAAAGAAAUCUGCUGAAGCUGCUACUAGAAUUCUUGAUUCAGAGGUUUCUGCACUUUCAUCGACACAAAACGCCAUGGUUCAGAAGCAGAACCUACCAGAGAAGGUUGUUGGCGUCCGUAAGCUGGAUAAAGAAAAGACAUCUGUCUCAAAGAAGGUACUGUUGUCCAAUCUCAGUGGUAUCUUCCAUAGGAAGAAGAAGUAUGUUGAGGGUGGGUCUCACUCUUACCUCCCUGGGGAGAAACUCGUGUGA